GUAUAUGCCAACACACGUUUUACAGCACAGAGGGAAAAUAUAAGAUGAGUAAGAAAGAUAUCAAAGACCCUAGUGGUAAAGUGGUGAUGCAGGUUGUGGAAUAUGACGGAUUUCUGUUUCCUUUCAACUACACGGGCAACAUAGAGAAACACCUGAAACAAUUAAAAUACAUGUCAUUCAAGGACGGUGAUGUCUGUGUGAUUUCAUACCCCAAAUCUGGUACGCAUUGGUGUUAUGAAGUAGUGAGCAUGUUGAGAAAUAACUCUUCUGAGUACCACGACACGAUGCCCCCUCUUAUCGAAUUGUUUCCCGUGGACAAACUUCAGCAGGUUUCCGAUGGUGUUUAUGUGUCCCAUAUGGUACCUCGACUUAUGCCGAACGAUUUCAUGGCCAGGAAAUGUAAACUCAUCAACAUCUACCGAAAUCCAAAGGAUGUAGCUGUGUCAUAUUUUAAUUUCGUCAAGAAAACAAGAGCUGGGGAAAUGAUGAAGGACAUGGAAUUUGACGUCUACUUCAAUCUGUUUUGGACAGGACAACUUCGCUGUUGUCCCUGGACAAAAUAUAUAAAUGAAUGGGCAAACUAUAAAGAGGAGAAUCCAUCGCACCCUCUCUUAAAUCUCUGCUACGAAGACAUGAAAAAGGACCUUAUGACACAUGUAAAGCAGAUUGCGGACUUCCUGGAUUUAGACACAAGUGACGAACUAAUCACUGAAAUUGCGAAUAAGUGUGAGUUUAAGGCAAUGUCGGCUUAUAAGAACAGCAACAUUCCCGAGUCUUUGAGCAUUGUGACUGAUUUAAAGGAUGAACACAUAUUCUAUUGGAAAGGUGGAGCAGGGAAUUGGAAGAAUUGGCUGAAGGUUGCUCAAAGUGAGGCAGUGGAUGCAGCGGUGGAGGCCGCAAAGAUCCCUUUGGAAAUCAAGUACACUUAAAGAACGAUGAUAUAUUUCUGAUAGGUAUAAAGAGAAAAAAAUGUUAAUUUAGUGCACAUGGAAGUUACGUCAGGAAACAAAUGAUACGGAACUAUACAAUUUUCAAAAUGCUGUAACAUUACAUGUAGAUCGGAAUGUGUCAAUCUAAUCCAGAAGGAAAGUGAAACGCAAGUGUCAUUUAUCAUUUCGUUUGAAAUAUAAUUUUAUUGCUGUACUGAUAUAAUUCAAUAUAACAUAUAAGUCAGUCGAUUGAUAUAAGAGACCAUGUUGCUUGCAGAUAUACCUCAAAUGUAUCCUUUUGCAGUGUAUUGUACAUUAUAUCUUAACUGAGGUGCUUGUUAAUAUACUUGAUAUAUCUUUAUAUCGAGGCUGCAUUAAUUGGUUGUUCAUGGAUAUGUAUUUAUGAUACAUGCAUAUUUGGAUAAACAAUAAUCAAUAAUA